AUGGCAUGGAAUCUGCUCUAUAGUGAAUAUCACGGUGGUGAUCAGAUCAGGUCAGUGAAACUUCAAAAUCUCAGAAGUGAAUUUGAAUCUAUGAGAAUGCGUGAGAAUGAACCUCUAACUGCAUAUCUCACCCGGUUGAAUGAAUUGAUAAAUCAAAUGAAAACAUUUGGAGAAGUGCUAUCAAAUGAAAGGCUGGUUCAGAAAGUGUUAAUUAGUCUUAGUAAAGUAUAUGACCCUAUCUGCUUAGUGAUUGAAAAUACAAAGAGUUUGGAGACUAUUGAAUUGCAGGAGGUCAUUGCAAUUUUGAAGAGCCAAGAGCAGCGUUUUGACAUGCAUAAUGUGGACACAGCUGAGAAGGCAUUUGGCUCUUUCUCAGUCAAUACACAAGGGCAGAACAAGAAUAGUACUCAAACUGGUUCUGCUAAGUCUCAGAAAAAUUGGAAGUCUAACAACAAACCAUGGGAGUCUAGACCUAAGCCACAACAAGCUGGUGCUGCACAGAACUCAAAUGGAUCACAAUAUGUGCAUCAAGAUGGAGUGAAGCCUCAAUGCAAAGCUAGGGACUGUACUGCAAACAAAGGAGUACAGAAAGCAAAUAAUGUAAGCCAAGUAGAAGUAAGGGGAAAUUUGUUUUAUGCAAACUGUGCAAUCUCAGAGAAGAGUGAAAAUGGAGAGUAG